UCAAACUCACAAAAAAAAACCAAAACAGCAACCAAUUAACAAGCGAUCGAACACCAGCGCCGCUGAAGAAGACGACGGCGACGAGGACUACGGCAUGGGCAACAGCCUGCGGUGCUGCCUGGCCUGCGUGCUCCCCUGCGGCGCGCUCGACGUCGUCCGCAUCGUCCACCUCAGCGGGCACGUCGACGAGUUCAGCUGCCCAAUCACCGCCGGCGCCGUCCUCGCCGCUCACCCCAACCACACGCUCACCACCGCGUGGUCCUCCGCCGGCGUCGGGUGCCCCACCAAGAAGCUCGUCAUCGUGUCACCCGACUCCGAGCUUAAGCGCGGCCGCAUCUACUUCCUCAUCCCCUCGGCGACCCUGCCGGCCGACAGGAGGAAGAAGAACCGGCCGAGCUCAUCCAAGAAGAGCAAGUGGCCGAGCCACCAACACAAGAGCAGCGGCGCGACGGCCGCGAGCACCGCGGAGCAGGACAACUACCUGAGGGAGCUGCUGUCGAGUGGUCACCGGAGGCGGCGGAGCGGCAGCCGUGUCGGCGUAUGGCGGCCGCAACUCGAGAGCAUAGUGGAGGAGACAUCGGAUUAGCUAGGGAGCUCGAAGAGCUCUCUUCUCUCUUCUUCUUCCAAUUCUAUAUAUUCUUUUUGGUUUUCUUCCUCAUCUUCCGAUGUGAAUACCUCGAGCGACAAGGACAUUUCCAGUUCUCACCUUCAAUCCGUCGACGCAUGCAGUUUCUAGCUCGGGAGAUGAUGGGAAAACUGUGACGGAAUAAAUGUAAAAAGAGCCCCGACGGCCCAACCUGUACAAAGAGAUUUGGUUGUGUUCAUUGAAACUUUCUAAAAAAUAGCUUGUU